AUGAAUCACCUUCAGCCAAGGACCACGGGCACCGCCUCAACGGAGUUAUUGUGGCAGCCCUCCUCCUCACGCAGCGCCAUUGAACGGACUCAGAGCAAGCCGCACGCUAUUGUGCCUCCUCUCAACAUAUCAGGUCUGCAGUCAUCACCUGGUACCUCAGGUGUUUCAUGUCGGCCGCAUACUGCUGCGACGCCGAAACGGGGCACAAGUCGUGACUCUCCGGUGUAUAGACGUGUCGUAGCUCGGAUCGCGGCAAGCGCGCAGGCGGAACAAGCGGAGGAUCAUUUCUCUGCUUGUUCCCCGGUCGGGCCUAUCUCGGCUGGGUGUGGUAUCAAACAAGCGCCGGAGGCGAGUCGACGCCUUUCACAGUGCCCACGUACUUUCGUCAGCGCUUGCUCUGCGAAGCUGCAGCCUGAGGCUGUCUCUCGCUGCCCGAUUCGCGCUCUGCCCUCAGACCCCACGUUUACUUCUGGUACGGGUAUCGAUGGUGUGCCGCUCUGUUCGUCCUCUGGGCACAAGGAAGACAGUUAUGCUGUGGCGCUCGCUUCCUCGCCGCAACAGGCAGGGGGUCCAUCUCUCCACGCAGGCGGCCAAUGUGCUGACAGCCCUGUCACGAAGCUCCCGCCGAGGAGUCGCCGAGCUCGAAGGCUCAAUGCAUUCUCGACACCAAUGGGGUCGAGCCCAACCACUCCGCUGGUUUCAGUUCAGUCCACUCCGUGCUCUGCUCUCGUAGGAAAGAGGCUCGAGUCUUCGAGGCGCGCAGCAGUCCCGGUGUCUGCAAGGUCGCAAACGCCUUCUGUGCCGUCUUGGCAUGCUCCCGACUCGACGUCGCCUUCGUGUUUUUUGCCUCGCGCGUCUGCGCGAAGUUCAGAGUUCAGUGACGUGACCCCGUGCAAGGGUCAUAACCCCCGUGCCCUCUAUGUGCGUAAGAUUCGUAGAAGCUCGACACACAUCUGUGACUCCGCUGCGUUGCCCUACGCGAGAGAUACAAGAACGUCGAUUCUACGCCAUCGGCGGGGCGGCGACGAGCGAAGCCUCUCAUCCGCUUGUUUGUCUCCUGGCGAGGCAAAACCACGCUUUCCGGGGCCGUUUGGGCAUGGCGGAAACGCCUCAAGAAGAGACAGUCCAGCGGGGAAAAGUGGGAAGCUAGUCGACCCUGCGACGUACACGCGUCUCCCGCCUGCAGUGUGGGUUUACAAGUAUCAGCCGCCCAUCGAGAGUCCUCAUGACUCAAGCUCGCCAUGUGCGGCGGCGAAACCACGAGAGCAGACCUCACAAGACUGCGGUGCAGUGAGCGAACGCGGCGAGGGCAGCUACGAUGCAGCCGAGGAUCCUGUCGGGUCUGCCUCCGCUAGGGGGGCUCGUGGGGAGGCCGGCCAUAUAGGAAAACAGAUUGCAUUUCCCCUCGAAAAUCCCCAUGGGCACCAACAAGCCGAGUUCCUUUGCUCCUCCAUCCCCCUUCUUCUGCAAACGUACGAGGUCCCGACGCUGUUCAGACUCAAAAAUGGGAUUGCCGACGAUUCCAAGCCUUUCGCAUGGCCUCCUGCCCUGCUGGGUCCGGACGGCGCGGGUGUGGCAGCAUCGGCGAAGAGUCUGGGGCCAGCAUGUGCUUCCGGCCUUCAAAGCACUACGACUGACGACACCACACGUAGAGAUGAACAGCACGCCAGUGGACGAUGCCAGAGUGAUCAGAGCGUGCCUUUGCAACGAAACCGUGAAGCGCACAGCAAACUGUCUUCGCCUCGACAUGCCCCGGUUUUUGCGCGUCGAAAGACUGACGGCGUCUUUGGGAGAGAAGGCUCGAGUUGCGAAACAGGGAGAAAUCCAGGAACACAAGCGGGCGGUGAGGCGAGUGGCGAAACUACCUCGAGACUAGGAUACUCCUCCGUUGAACAUCCCCCCUUUUGUGGGCUGCUCGCAACAGGUCUCCAGGCUGUUCACCAGUGUCAACUGUACCAGGACUGGUGGCGCGGCCUCAUGCAAACGAUGGAUGUAGCGCUAUCUGAGCUGUGCCGGCAGCUGAAGCUGUUCGCCCCGUUCCACGCUCGUUGUGUGGAGAAGUUACGCCAGCUCUUGGUUGCCUAUGCAGAGAGCCACGACGCAACGCUGGUGAAAAACCUUGCGGACAUUCAGGUCUCGCUCCUCAAACUGUACGAGAAUGUGACAGUUUUGCGGCAAAAAAAACGCGACCUGGCGCGGCGCAUGGAGACCUUGGAGGAGAGGAGUCAGCAAGCAGACCAACUCAAGCGGAUGCUGGAGAUCCACACACUCCUCUUUGGUCUGCAGGAACUGGAGGUCCUCGCAGUGCGGCAGUCUGAAGAAGAAUCCACUGCAGCGGACGCACAGUGGCAACAUCUGCUGGAGCACCUCGAGGCGAUUCGCCUUAAUAGAGAAGGAACAGCCAGACAGCAGACAUGGGUCACACGUGCGACGGGUGAAUGGAAAGGCCGCGAGCUCGCUGACCAGUCUCAGGAGCCCAUAAGGGCGGUCUUCCCCGUUUCUGCGUCACUGCUUCCUCAUCAGACCUUCUUCAGGGGAGCACUCGCGUUAGGGCACGUGAAGCUGCUUCGCGUGGAUAUUCCCCCUGGGCGGUGGAGUAUGGGCCUCGCCGUGACGUGCACGGCUCCCCUCGACGUGUCCCUCUUGAUGCUUUCCGCCCGCCGCCGCCUGCUAGCUGAGCAGCGCGAAGGCGAUGGGGGACAGGGACAGCAGAGCGGACAAGGCGCACACGUGCAGGAGGGCAGUGACUUCCUCAUCUGCUUUGAGAGGGCAGCUGGUUCGGGGCUCCGGCGAGACGAAGCCCCCCAGUCGAAUGCGGCCCCUGGCGAAAGCCCUGGGUCUCCCGCGCUCCCCUUCUUGACCUUGGAUCCGUCGCUGGCCCUGGUGAGCGCCUCAGCCCCAGAGAGGAACUCGUUUGCGGCGUUUCGAGUUCAUCCCGAGGAACCCCAGAUUCUUCACGUCCGUACACCGCCAAAUGGCACGACGCACGGAGCGUGGCUGCUGGUGCGCCUGCAGCCCGCGAACGGCUUCACUCGGGCGCGCUCAGACCGGGCCUUGGCGAGCUGCUCCAGUGCUCUUAACGCACCUAGGCUCUCCGCACUCGAGGGCGAGGAGUGUUUCCCUAAGGCCGCCUCAGCGGCCUCCAGGCAGGAUCACGCAGGCCUCUGCGUUCCGCUGUGCGGCACACGCGGCAGUUCGUUGCCGACGCAAUGCGCGUCAGGAGCUUCGACCCAUGACUCCACUCAGACCCCGGGGGGGGAGCGCGCGGUGCCGCGGCUGCUUCUUGACGGGCCCAAAGCGGACUCGCCGACCGGCUUCGACGAGAGCCUCAAGUUUUCCAUCGGCCUUCAUUCUGUAUUUCUUCACCCGUCCGCGGCGCGCAAAGAACCGUCGGGGCAAGGCGAGGUGCGACAGCAGCGCGUCAGCAGCGGGGGCAAGAGGCACGACGGAAGCACGAAUACACUCGUGGUCGACAGCUCUGGCGGAGAGGUGGAUGCAGCUGAACGAGACGCGGAGCGCCGAGUCGACGUCGCUAAUCUCCACGCCUCCGCGUAUGCUGGGUGGGCUUCCCCUCAAGGCCUUUCUGGUGUCGUCCCGCGUUUCGCUGUCCGCAGAAAUGCUUGUGUGCAGACGACAAAAUCGAGCCUUCUGCGAGGCCGGCUUCGUGCUCUUCACGAGGGGUCGCGUCCACCCCCUAUUCCGCAGUUCUGCGUCUGUGGCUACGCUGACGCGCCUUCCGCAGACCUCUCUCCAUCUUCCGGGGCAAUGGAAAGAAGCCGCGACCACGCUUCACUGCCCCGAAAGGAUUUCGCGCCUGCCUCUUCUUCGUCUCCCAACUCUUCUCUCCCGUCUUCUUCCUUGCCUUCAUUCUCUUCUCCUCCUCGGGCGUCUGCUUCUGAGCUAGAUCGUUCCUCGUCUGCCGAGCCCGCGCCGCCCUGCCGGGGGCGGUCUAUCGACGCACCGCCGUUCUACGCUCCAUCCUUCCCGCUGCUGAAACUACUUCUAGAUGAAACGCCCGUUCACCUCGGGGACUUUUCCGCCCUCCUCCACCCUCCUUCUUGCGAACACGGCGGGCAAGGGGCGGCCGCCACGCCGUACGGGGUUCUCUCGGGCAGCCGCUUCGUCCGCUGGCCUCCGCAGUUGCUAGUGGAGACAGCUUGGAUUCUUCUUCUGCAGCGGGCGCGGGAGCGGCGCUGGGCGCGAGAGCGCAGGGAAGCCCGCGAGCACCGGCGGAAGGUGUUGUGGGCCUCUUCUGCGCACGCGACGGGCUGCACGACGCGUCAGGACCUUCAGGCCGACAGGCGCGCCUACGCAAGGGAUCCCAGCCAACGAAGACGACGCGCCGCGCGCCUAAACCCUAAACCCUCUCCACGUGAGAUCGACGCGAGAGUGGCAUGCGGUGCGAGAGACAAUGCGGCAAGGGAGUCUCCGGUGCCCGGCUCUCCGAUGCGGGUCGCUAAAUGGAGGCCCAGUCCAGGAAGCGGCAGCGGGGGGACGCCGCGCGCCGGCAAUCGGGGCAGUCCUUCGCGAGGAGAAGACUCGGGAAGCGAGCGCGGAGGACGAACGCGGGCGGAAGAGGGAGACGUCGGGCGCGAGGAAGCCGCCUCCAGCCCCCGGAUCUGCCACUCGUGCUCAGUGGGGGAGGGUCUCGACGGCGUGUCGCGCCAGACGGGCGCGGAAAAUGGACGCGUACGUUCCUUGAGUAAGGGAGAGGAUACGGCCGGGAGCAAUGUGGGCAGUGGAGGGCCCCCCGUAUCUCCGGCGUUCUGUCGGGCGCUCUCUGCCGAUCUGGAAAGCUCUCUUGCGAAAGAGAGCCAGGAGGAGUCCCUUGCCAGCUUCACGUUUACCUUCUUUCUCCGUCGCUUCGGAGUUGCCUUCCUUGCGCAGCGGGCUAUGCAUUCCUUUCUCCUCUCUCUCCUCUACUACGCUCCUCUCCUGACAGCUGUAUCGCCCCUGCAGCAGCGUGACGCUGCAUGCGGGCGCAACACGUAUCCAUGCCAUGCCUCAGUUUUCGAAUUUGAGCGCCUGUCUCACUCGACUUCAAAGGCACGUGCGCAACCGCCAGGCCCGCCAGGUGUCUCAGGGUCUUCCGGUUUCCCUAGCUACCUCUACGACUUUCCUUUUGUCUCGAGUUUUGAGCAGCGACAGCAGGUGCGAAUCGGCUCAAGAAUCCGCGGAAUGCUGCCUUUAUUUUCGGCUCGCCUGUUUGGUCGAUUAACGGGCCUUCUGGCCUCUUCAAGCGACACGGCGCCCUUCCGUCGUUCCCUGGAGGAAUUCCUCUGUCUUACGCUGGAGGCUCUCAUAGAUCAGAUAGGGGCUGACCAAGCCACAGCUCGGGCGCGGGUAAAGGCCGCAGAAGAACGCGAAACCGCAAGACGGGCGUUGCUCUUGAGUGCUACAGCGUCGUUAUUUCCUAGCAGGAUUAACGGCUCUCGAACUGAGCGGCUGGCGGCUUCCCACCCUCAGGCGGGUGAAACUGGCGAAAUUAAGCCCAGACGCCUGCAGGCGCCAGAGCCCUCUGUCGACAAGGAAGAGGGCCUCUGCCUUGCCGUUUCGCACGCAGCCGCGGCAAAGAUCGUAAAUCGCGUAUUCCAUAUCGAGGGGACUGCGGAGUACCGCCUAGCAGCGCUCGAGGCCAUAGACACCCAUCGGCAAGCCGCUGUCAGCGCCUUGCGGGUUUCGCGUCAGCCUCGCCUUCGGGCGCGUUGGGCGCGGGGCCUCAUGGUGAUCACGGGGCGAGAGAGGAUUGCGAACGUGCCGGAAUGGAUCGAAAGGGAGACAGGCGCUUUGCUGAGAGGGACGCCGAUGGGGUCCGAGGACGAAUCGAGCUCGAAAGACGCUAGACAAACAGCGACGCAAAGAGAAAUCCGCGCAGGGGGCAGGCCUGGUGCGUGCGACGGAAGCGCAAUCGAAGGAAGCGACGGAGAUGGAGACACGCAUGUCAGAGGCAGCAACGAGAAAGAAGUGGAUCCGCACAAAACGACGAGAAGGAAGCAACGCGGAGUGACACAGAGACGAAAGAGGCGAGAGGAAGGCUGGGACCUCCUUGUUCCUGCCGAUUUACUCAUCCAGACCCUCAUCCAGCAGUGGGAGGUGAUGUACGUGCAUCUGCAGCAGGCCAUGGAGAUGGUCCUCUAUUCAGAGUCCCUCUCCCUGAAGCGCCCCCUGCAUCCUCUUCUGUCCUUUAACGAGUUCUCUGACUUCCUUCUCCGCCUCGACUCGCGCAACGCAGAUACCGCCGAGCAGCGGCUAGCUCUCUAUCGCCACGCUCUCUUUGCGGCAGCGUCGCGCCUUCAUCCCCUGGGCUCUUCGCUCGACUCUUCCUCUCUGGCUGCGCUCCUUCUGCAUCAAUCCCAGAUUCUGGCCUUCCCGCUACCGUUUCCGGCCUCGCCUUUCGUGUCUCUUGGCCCAGCGCCCGGACCGGAGACAGCGUCUGAAGACGCGUCGGGGGACGAAACAGGCAGCAGUCGCUCGCAGAUGUCGAGAGGAAGGCCCGUUUCUGCAGGGAACGAGGGAACAGUGUCAGAGUCUAGACCGAAUCCCUCGCUGUCGCAGUCCCGCGAGGCUCCUUACGCCUCUUGGGCUCUUUCGGAUUCGCCUCCACCCAGUGUCUCCUCGCCGUCCUACGAGUGCCGACUGGCGGCCUUCGUUGUGGACGGGCUGGUCCUCUUCCUCUGCACCGAGGCCCGAGAUCUCCUUCAGGCGGUUGAGAGAGACUUCCGGCGAGGACGGGGCCUUUCAAUUUCUCAGCGAAAGGGUGAGGAGCGGAAAACACAAGAGAGCCCCGAGGCGACCCUCGCGGCCCUGGCGGCAGAACACAAGAGGAAGAUUAGCAGCAAACAGUCUCCUUGCGUGCUUGGAAGCCAGGCCGACACGGAGGGGGACGAAGAAGAAAGCGCAAGCGAGAAGAAGAAAGAAGGAAAGAACUGGGGCCUGACAGACGGGCAGGGAGAGACUGAGAUUUACGCUGAAGCCGCUUCCGCGCAGCGUCGAAAGUCCCUCUUCUCCGCGGCCGUUGUGUCUCCGAACCGCAUAACGGGAGCGGAAGGGCGCGGCCUGCACGGCGUGUUCCACCUGAUAAAAUCCUGGUGCGCUUCUGCAGAAGGGUAUCGGCCGCUGUACGCACAGGAUGCCAGGUUGCUUCAGCAGAGAUGGAAAUUGGAAGCAGCUGACUUGACGGCAGGUCCCAGUGCCUCCGCCAUCCUUAAAGACUUCGCCGCCCGCGCUCCGAUCAAGAACUUCAACUAUCUUAAUCGCAGGGAAGUGCUUGCAGCUGCCAAAGACCUAGACGUCUCCGCGACAGAACAGAACGCUUCAGCAGCGAUUCUGCUCGCCAAGACUUAUCUGCUGCUCAGAGACCUCUUCGGGGUGUUUGGCGAGGCCCCGCUGCCAGAGGCCUUCUGCUACACGGUAGCGCAUGAGAGCGCGCUCGGCGCUGGCUGCGCGACCGCGGCCCUCGCCUCGCCCUGUUGGAGACAACAGGGGGCGACGCCCGCCUGGACUGCGGCUACGGCGCUUUUCACGCCUCGCAGGGGUCGGCUGUCCCUCCGCACGCGCGACCAGAGAGAGGAGGAAUUCCUGGUCGAUCCUCUAGAUGACGAAACACUCCAGAGCGUCGUGCGCAGCGUCUGGGCUGCAGUGGAGAGAGCCAGUGCCUUGGCCGUCGAGCACAUGGAGCGGACUCGCGCGAAGAUGCACGACGCUGCGUUCGCGAGACUCAGAAACCGCGCCGCGACUAAAGAGGCCUUGGGCGAACUAGCCCGACUCUACAGAGAGCAGGUGGACAGGCUCUUGAUUCUCAGCGUCGGAAGUGACGCCUUCAGUGAAGCCCUCGAGCAGCCAGACGUGCGCAAACGGCUUCUGCUCGUCCAUCAAAGAGCGCAUGAGCUGGAGGGGGAACAGUUCGAGCUUCAAGCGGGGCUGCAUGCCGCCGCGGAAGCAGCUCAGAAAAAAAGGGAGGACGAAGAGAGAAGGACAGAAGAUGACGCGAACCAACACCGAGAGUAG